GGCCGUCAGGUGGUUGCCGGUUUUUCGCGCCACUCGCCGUGAGGGGAAGGCGGUGGCGGGAAAAGGGGGGAGCGACCGUGAGGGGAAAGUCGCGAUCGUGAGGGGAAAAUCGCGACAGGGAAUCGCGACAGGAGCGGCCCCGCCAUGGCCCCGCGCGACUACGACAGCGAGAAAGAGAAAGCGAAGCGAUUUUUUCAGGAGUUUUACCGGGAUGGACCCGACGGGCACAAGGAAUUCCCGUACCGGGAGCAGCUGACCGCGCUGGCCCGCCGGGACCAGGUUGCGCUGUGGGUGUCUCUGGACGAUGUGGCCGAGGACGAGCCCGAGCUGGCCGAGGCCGUGGUGGAGAACGUGCGGCGCUACGGCCGCGUCUUCUCCGACGCCGUGCACGAGCUGCUGCCCCAGUUCGGCUCUGCUGAGGCUGCCCCCCGGGACCCCCUGGACGUUUACCUGGAGCAUCGGCUGCUGCUGGAGCAGCGGGGCCGGGCCGGGGGUGCCCCCAGGACCCCCCAAAAUCAGUUCCCCCCGGAGCUGCUGCGGCGUUUCGAGCUGUAUUUCCGCGCCCCCUCGUGCUCCAAGGCCGUGUCCCCGCGCGAGCUCCGCGCCGGCUCCAUCGGCUCCUUGGUCACCGUGCAGGGAAUCGUCACCAGGGCCAGCGAGGUGCGGCCGCUGCUGCGCGUGGCCACCUACAGCUGCGACCAGUGCGGCGCCGAGACCUACCAGCCGAUCGAGGGCCCGACCUUCACGCCGCUGCUGCUGUGCCCGAGCCGGGAGUGCCAAACCAACCGCCCGGGGGGGCGGCUCUACCUGCAGAGCCGGGGCUCCAAAUUCACCAAAUUCCAGGAGCUGCGCAUCCAGGAGCACUCGGACCAGGUGCCCGUGGGUCACCUGCCCCGCUCGCUGUCGCUGCACCUGAGCGGGGCCAACACGCGCCAGGCCCAGCCCGGCGACCACGUCAGGGUCACGGGCGCCUUCCUGCCGCUGCUGAAACCGGGCUUCCGGCAGGUGACGCAGGGUUUGCUGUCAGAGACGUUCCUGGAGGGGCACCACGUGGCCAAGGUGAACAAGAGCGAGGAGGAGGAGGGUGAGGGAGGGGAGCUGAGCCCCGAGGAGCUGCAGCAGAUCAUGGGAACCGGGGAGGAUUUCUACGGGAAGCUGGCGGCCUCCAUCGCCCCCGAGAUCUUUGGCCACGAGGACGUGAAGAAAUCGCUGCUGCUGCUGCUGGUGGGGGGCGUGGAGAGGAGCCCGCGCGGGAUGCGCAUCCGGGGGAACAUCAACAUCUGCCUGAUGGGGGACCCGGGCGUGGCCAAGUCCCAGCUGCUGACCUACAUCGACCGCCUGGCGCCGCGCAGCCAGUACACGACGGGGCGCGGCUCCUCGGGCGUGGGGCUGACGGCGGCCGUGCUGCGGGACGCGCGCAGCGGCGAGCUGGCCCUCGAGGGCGGCGCCCUGGUGCUGGCCGACCGCGGCGUGUGCUGCAUCGACGAGUUCGGCAAGAUGGCCGAGGGGCGACCGCGUGGCCGUACGCAGGCGCUGGAGCAGCAGAGCGUGGGCCGUGGCAAAGCGGGCGUGGUGGCCACGCUAACGCGCUGCGCCGUGCUGGCCGCCGCCAACCCGGCCUUCGGGCGCUUCGACCCGCGCCGCAGCCUGGAGCACAACCUGCAGCUGCCGGCCGCGCUGCUGUCGCGCUUCGACCUGCUCUGGCUGCUGCAGGACCGGCCCGAGAGAGACCGCGACCUCAGGCUGGCCCAGCACAUCACGUACGUGCACCAGCACUGCCGGGAGCCGCCCAGCGCCUUCCAGCCCCUGGACAUGAAACUCAUGAGGCGCUACCUCUCCUCGUGCCGCCGCCGCUGCCCGCGGGUGCCCGAGGCUCUGGGCGAGUUCAUCACGGCCGCCCACGUGGAGCUGCGCCGGGAGGGCCGCGACGGCGUGUACACAUCUGCCAGGACCCUGCUGGCCAUCCUGCGGCUGGCCACGGCGCUGGCCCGGCUGCGCCUGGGCGCCGUGGUGGAGAAGGACGACGUGAGCGAGGCCCUGAGGCUGCUCGAGGCCGCGCGGGAUUCGCUCCGGGGGGACCCCGAGCCCUCCGCCAGGUAA